AAUAACCAUGUCGAAGCAUAACAUAUUUUAACGUAGUUUUUUGCAAGUCAUCGUGACCAUGUGAAUUUGCCAGGAGAAAAAAAAAGUUAAUAAGUUAAAGAAAGAAAUAAACAAAAUCAUCAUGACUAAGGGUUUUUACAGUUAUAUAAAAGACCCUGACAAAAUGAAACAAAAUAUAACAUCUUUAUACAAGUUAGGUUCAACUUCGUUUGCUGGAGAAUAAAAUUAAAGAUGUCUUUAUUUGAGAAAGAAGUACAAAUGAAAGUUUAUUAUGUUAAAAAUCAGCAUAAUGAAGAAAUUCGUAAACUUUCAGUGGAAAUUCGAAUGGCUGUUAAUUAUGAAUACGUUUUGGAUAAGAUCCGCCGAGAAUUUACAAAUCUGUUAGGAAAAGAUCUUGACUUGUUUUAUAAAGAUAAAGAAAAUGAUUUCAUUUCAAUCUCCUCUGAUAUUGAAUUGCAGCAAGCCUUUAAGAGCGUUGACAAUAGUUGCCUUAAGCUUUAUGUAAAAAUAAAGUCAGCUCAUUCAAAUAAAGAACAUGUUGGAGUUACUUGUGAUGGAUGCGAUUCUAAGAUAUAUGGAAAUCGCUUCAAAUGCACUCAAUGUUUUGACUUUGAUUUGUGCUCAUUAUGCUACAAAAAAGGAGAGCACCCAUCAGACCAUGAAAUGCUGGUUAUUAAAGAACCUCGAUCUUUUAACCAUGUGUAUUACAGUCAGUUUCCAUUUUUGCAUUGCUGGGAAAGUUUUUUUUCUAAUAAAAAUGCAAGCAAUAAUGAAAAGAAAAAUUCUACUGCAUCUGAUCAAAAGUUUGAUAGUUCUCAAUUUGAAAAAAUGGACAAUAAUUUCAAAGAAAUAUUCAAAAUAUUUGAGUCAAUGCUGGGAAUUAAUGUUGAAUUCUUUAUGGAAAGUUCUCAAGUAAAAUCUGAUGAAACUGAGAAUGUAGAGAGUUUUUGUAAAAAGUUAAAUAGCCUAAUAGAGGUUAUAAAUGAGAGAUUUGGAGUAGACACAGAACUAAUGCAUACUUUGGUUGACAAUUUUAUAAAACAGUAUAAUCUAAAAUGCAAUGAAAGAAAUAGUGGAGCAGACAUAAAUAACUCAAACAAUGAAGUAUUCAGAAAUAAUGGAGGUGUUAACCAGACUAAUAUGUCAAAUAAAAAUGAUGUAUCCAUUGAUAAAGACAAGGAUCUUGUCAAGAAAAAUUGUUUAGGCUCACUGUGUCACACCAAUGUUGAAUCAGUACCACAUCUUGAUUUAAACAACGCUUCUGAAGUUAUAAAAAAACAAAUAAAUCCACUUGGUUCUUUGUGUCCUCAAACCUCUGAGUUGCAGGUUGAUAGUUCACAAGAGGGGCUUGCAAAUUUUAUUGGACACCUAUAUCGUCAUCUUGUAACUCAACAGCCACCAAUAAGUAUAGCUAAUGAUUUUGAACUUGUUGAUAAAGAAAGUAUGGAUCAUAAAGAAUCAAAGCUUGAAAGAUCUCUUAAACAAAUGGAAGCGAUGGGUUUUGACAAUGAAGGCGGGUGGUUGCGUCAGUUGCUAAUUUCUAAAGAUUGUAACAUUGAUAAAGUGCUUGAUGCUUUAAGUCCUGCCAAAUAAUUUCAAUGUUUAUGUUUGAUCAUAAUUUAUAUAUUUUUUUAUUUUGAAGUAUAAGUUGUAUUUUAAAGUUUUAAUAUUAUUCUAAUACUCAAUGGUCUUUAUGUUAACCGCAUUUUUUGAAAGGUUAUUAAAUUUUAUUUAUAAAUUAUAAUCUCAAAACCAUAUACUUACCUAUUUAAAUCAAAUUCACUUGUUUUAAAAACAAAAAAUGUUUUGUAAACUUAUUAAAAGUUCAUUAUGUGCAUAAUCAUUUUUUAUGAAAGAUUUACUUCAU